AUGGAGACGCACCUGGGUCACGGCGGGCCGCCGUCGCUGACUCUCGAACCCAUACAACCACCAGCAACAAGCGAAACGAAUGGAGCAGCGAACACCGUGUCAACAAACGCUACGAGCAGUCCUCUCGCCUCUGUGCCGCCCACUCCCAAUCCCCAUGGGAGUACAUCACACCGCACCGCUCAACCUUCCACGUCACCGCUACCACAAAGAUCACCAAAAGCCGUUCGAAGAGCGUCCAGCGGCAUGAGUCUCGACGACCGCCCUUCCUCGUCCCCCGCAGCCCUACGACACAAAAGCUCAAGAACAUCACUAGGCGCACACACUGAAGAUGGCGAGCGAAGACCAACACCCAAGCGAUCGAUCUCGAAUCUAAUAUCUGGCCUUCGCGAGGCGCAGGCGAGGAUGGAGUCGAUUGAAGAGCCGCUGGCGCUGACGGCGCCUCAGAUUGCCGCGGACCAUUUUACGAGGGAAUUGCUGGGGCACAGUCAAGAUGGAGCAGCGGAGUCGGAGACGAUGGUCAUCAUACAUGACGCUUGCUAUGGACAUCGCUUCUCAAGGCUGAAAACGACCAAGUCGCAUCUCUCGAUGAUUGUCGAAAGGCCGGAACGCAUUCAUGCGAGUGUGCUUGGAGCUUCGGCUGCUUAUGUACGGCUUGGUGGGCAUCAUAUUGGAGGAACGAAUGCGCCUCACCCUAAUAUCAGGACUCCUGGUGCGCCGGCGUUCAAGAUUCGGCGUACCACUCGCGCCCUGGAUGUUACGUCUUCGUAUGUCACGAAUGUGCAUGGAACGGCAUGGAUGACGGAGCUCCGAGAUCUUUGUAAUCUUGCUGGGGAGAGGCUGGCGGCCGGUGUGAAGGAGCUCACUCGAACUCCCUCGCCCACUCAACCCGAAAAGCCUGAGUUUCACGCGGGUGAUUUGUACUUGUCGGCGGAAUCGCUGAACGCUUUCCAAGGUGCCCUGGGCGGAGUUGCGGAUGCUGUUGAUGCAGUCUUCGUGCCGGGAGCGCAGACCAAACGAGCCUUUGUCGCCGUCAGACCGCCUGGACAUCACUGCUCCGCAAACUACCCUAGCGGCUUCUGCUGGCUCAACAAUGUCCACGUGGGUAUCGAAUACGCCGCACAACUACACGGCUUGACGCAUGCGGCAAUUUUGGACUUCGACUUACACCACGGCGACGGCAGCCAGGCGAUCACCUGGGAGCGGAACAGCAAGAACAACGCAAAGCGCCUAAACGCCAAACCGAAUAGCAAGCUCAAGCUCGGGCCGGAUAUUGGCUACUACAGCCUGCACGACAUCAACAGCUACCCCUGCGAAAUGGGAGACGAUGAGAAGGUGCAGGCCGCCAGUCUUUGCAUCGACAACGCCCACGGUCAGAGUAUUUGGAAUGUACAUCUGCAGCCGUGGAAGACGGAGAAGGAGUUCUGGGAGUUGUACGAGACGAAGUAUCGCGUCCUGCUGCAGAAAGCCCGGAGCUUCUUGCAACAUCAUACUUCUCGCUUGAAGGAAGAUGGCAGGGUAAUGCCCAAAGCAGCACUGUUCAUUUCGGCUGGAUUCGACGCAAGUGAAUGGGAAGGCGCGGGCAUGCAGCGGCACAAAGUCAAUGUCCCCACCGAGUUCUACGCUCGAUUCACCAGAGAUGUGGUCGAUCUUGCUCAAGAAGCGGACCUCGCCUGCGAUGGACGUGUCAUCAGUGUACUGGAAGGCGGAUACAGUGAUCGGGCGCUGUGCAGUGGAGUGCUCAGCCAUCUAUCCGGCCUAUGCGCGACACCCGUCGAUUCGUUGAAGACGGAAUCCUCCACCGCGGACAGUCUGGAUCAGAUGAUGAAUGGCCUCGGUCUCAACGGGAGAGCUGGGCCAGUCACCCCCUUUCGCUACAACAAAGCCUGGUGGUCUCCAGCAAAUCUCACCGCGCUGGAGAUGAGAAUCAACCCGCCGCCGCCUCCGCAAAUGAAGAAGACGCGUGUUGGACAACAACCGACAUACGCUACACCAACAGAGUCUUUCGCUUACAAGGUCGUGGACGCAGAUAAGUUCGCGCGUUCAAUUUCCGGGACCAUGCGAGAAGUGCCGCAGCCCGCUCGACUACCUACUCCCCCUCUUCCUGAAGUGGACUGGAUCAUUGCCACGCAGGAGCUGUCGAAAUUCCUUAUCCCCACAGAUCGACAAACGAAGAGCUGCACAGCAGAAGAACUCGCCGGUCCCAAAAUCAAACGAGACCCGGGGAAUGCAAUCCCACCAGCAGCCGUCGCCGACGCAAUGCAACCUAGGCAACUGCGACAUCGCAAGAGCAAGCUCCCUCUCUAUCCGGAGAGCACGCACAGCGACGAAACGGAGAGCGUGAGAAGUGUGAGUCAAAGCAGCAGCAGGCGGCAGACGAUCAGCGAGCUGCCCUCGUCUUCUGCCAUUCCGGAACCCACGACUGGACGACGCGCAAGCAGACGUCUUAGCGCAGGGAGCGCGCUUAGUGCUCUCACGAGCCUGGACACCGCGGAUGCACCGCCCGUUCCGCCUUUGCCUCCGCAAGCCCCCGAACCUUUAGCAUUUCGCCCCCUACCGCUCGAACCAGCCGGAGGGGCGACGCUCCCUGUCAAGAAAACCCGCGCACCAACCAAGAAGGAACCCGCUUCCAGCGCGCCAGGCACACCAAGACGCGCUACCAAAGCCGCACCUGCGACUCCUGCGCCUGCUCAUGCUCCUCCCCCCGUCCCAGCCGCAGCCGCCAGCGGCGAGCUCGACGCUUUGACAGCCGGCAUGAAGAAGGUCACGCUCAAAGUCGGCACGCGCGAGGAGCACGAUCGCAAGCAGAAGGAGCGAGUCGAUGCGGAGAGGAGGGCGCGCGCGCUCAAGGCUGCGGAGACGCGGAGGGUGAAUGCUGCUGCUAAGAAGGCGGCGAAGGAAAGUGCUGUUUCGAGUCCUGUGGUUGGAAGUCAGCAGGCUCCGAUACGCUCGGUUGGCAUGGCUGAUGGGAGUGCGAUACCAUCGUUUGUCUCAACGGUUCCGGCGCAUGAUGCUGCUAUCCUGCCCGCGCCGGCGUGGUCGGGAUUAGCAUCACUCGCUAACACCUCCGAGCCUGCGGGCAGUAACGUCGACACUUCCACCCCUGUGAACGGCAUCACGAGCAACAACUGGGGAACCUCGAACCGCACCCUACCACCCACAGCUGCCAUCUCAACCUCCCAACAACCGCCCAUCAACCCCCCCUCAAACGACCAAACUCCCACGCAAGAAAUCCCAACCCCACUCUUCCACACUCCCGCCCCUCCUUCCCUCGCACAAGAGACCCAAGUGCGAACUCCGGCCCCCGCAACACAACCAACCCUCCACCCCAGCACCUCCCGACCACCCCCUCGCUCACCAGAAGGUACUCCGCUGCCGGUGUGGAGUAGCACAGGCAUGAUUCCCUUCGCUGCUGCGCCGUCUAAUGUAACAUCGGCCGCGGAUUCUGAGGGGAGAAGUAUUUGGGAUGUGCCUGAGACGCCUCGGCGGUUGUGA